AUGGCCACCGAAAGUUUCGGCUUCCAAGCUGAGAUCAGCCAGCUCCUCGAUCUCAUUAUCAAUACCUUUUACUCUAACAAGGAGAUCUUCCUUCGUGAGCUUAUCUCCAACGGCUCCGAUGCCUUAGACAAAAUCCGCUAUGCUUCCCUCACCGAUCCGACUGUUCUUGACACGGAGAAGGAUCUUUAUAUCCGCAUCACCCCUGACAAGGAGAACAAGUUGCUCAGCAUCCGUGACACCGGCAUUGGUAUGACGAAGGCUGAUCUCGUUAACAACCUCGGUACGAUUGCCAAGUCUGGCACCAAGGGUUUCAUGGAGGCAUUGAGCUCCGGUGCCGAUAUCUCGAUGAUUGGCCAAUUCGGUGUUGGCUUCUACUCUGCCUACCUUGUCGCCGAGCGCGUCCAAGUCAUCUCAAAACACAACGACGACGAGCAGUACAUCUGGGAGUCCGCCGCUGGUGGUACCUUCACGAUAACUCCUGACACGGUGAACCCAUCUCUCGGUCGUGGUACCGAACUUCGUCUGUACUUGAAAGAAGAUCAGCUGGAGUAUCUCGAGGAGAAGAAGAUCAAGGACAUCGUCAAGAAGCAUUCCGAGUUUAUCUCUUAUCCUAUUCAGCUUGCCGUGACGAAGGAGGUUGAGAAGGUACGUGAGCGAUAUUUGAACACGCGGCCAACACUGAUUGGGUUACAGGAAGUUGAAGACGACGAGGCGGAAGAAGAAAAAGACGAGAAGGAAGAGUCUAAGAUCGAAGAAGUCGAAGACGAGGACGACAAGCCCAAAAAGAAAACGAAGAAGGUGAAGGAGAUAGAGACGACCAACGAGGAGCUCAACAAGACGAAGCCUAUCUGGACUCGUAACCCAUCUGACAUCACUGCAGAGGAGUACAGCGCCUUUUACAAGUCAUUGACGAACGACUGGGAAGACCACCUGGCUGUCAAGCACUUCUCCGUUGAGGGUCAACUCGAGUUCAAGGCUAUUCUUUUCGUGCCCAAGCGGGCCCCUUUCGAUCUCUUCGAGACGAAGAAGAAGCGCAAUAACAUCAAACUCUACGUCCGCCGCGUCUUCAUCAUGGACGAUUGCGAGGAUCUCAUUCCCGAAUACCUCAACUUCGUCAAGGGUAUCGUCGAUUCCGAGGACCUCCCUCUCAACAUCUCCCGUGAGACGUUACAGCAAAACAAGAUUCUGAAGGUCAUCCGCAAGAAUAUCGUCAAGAAGUGCAUGGAUGUCUUCAGCGAGAUCGCUGAGGACAAGGACAACUUCAGCAAGUUCUACGAGUCGUUCGGCAAGAAUCUCAAGCUUGGUAUUCACGAGGAUGCCCAGAACCGCAGCAAGCUUGCCGAGUUCCUUCGGUUCUUCUCGACGAAGUCAUUGGACGAACAGACGUCGCUUAAGGACUACAUCACCCGCAUGCCUGAGGUCCAGAAGUCCAUUUACUUCCUUACUGGAGAGUCUCUCGCUGCCGUCAAGGACUCUCCCUUCUUGGAGGUCCUCAAGCGCAAGGGCUUCGAAGUUCUUCUCCUCGUUGACCCUAUUGACGAGUAUGCCAUCACUCAGCUCAAGGAGUUCGAGGGCAAGAAGCUCGUUUGUGUCUCGAAGGAAGGUCUCGAGCUGGAAGAAAGCGAGGACGAGAAGAAGGCCCGCGAAGAGGAAGCUUCUCAGUUCAAUGAUCUCUGCACCACGAUCAAGGACGCCCUCGGCGACAAGGUGGAGAAGGUCGUGGUUUCGAACCGCAUCACCGACUCCCCUUGCGUUCUCGUCACUGGUCAGUUCGGCUGGUCAUCGAACAUGGAACGCAUCAUGAAAGCGCAAGCUCUUCGUGAUUCUUCUAUGUCCUCUUACAUGGCUUCGAAAAAGACCCUUGAGCUGAACCCCAAGAACCCGAUCGUUAAGGAGCUCAAGCGCAAGGUUGCGGAGGAUAAGGCGGACAAAUCUGUUCGCGAUCUAACGUACCUGCUCUUUGAGACCGCUUUGCUCACCUCUGGCUUCUCGCUGGAGGAUCCUACUUCCUUCGCCAAGCGUAUCAACCGCAUGAUCAGUCUGGGUCUUGACGUUGAUGAGGAGGAGGAGGCUCCUGUCGCCUCAAGUGACGCUCCCGCGGCUUCGGAAGGCGCUUCGACGUCGGCGAUGGAGGAGAUUGACUAG